ACAAGAGGGUUUAUUCUCAUUAAAACACGAGUAUUACCUCACGAAAAAAAUCGUAGCACGUUUACUAUUUUGCAACCAAAAUAUUCCUAUUGCACUGAUAUUAUUAAAAACAAAUAUUAUUUAUUAAAGAACUUGAUCGAUUAAAGACAUAUGUAGGAAAAUCAUUACUGAAAUCAUUACAUUGACUAUUUAUUCAAUAUUAUUGGUAUCGAGAGGCAACAGUGAUACAAACGUGUGUGGUAGUAUUUGUACUCUCUCUUGUAAAAUAUAGGACAAGAGAAGAGAACUUUUCGUGUGACCUACAAACAUUUAUCUUCUGAACUCUCUUCGACUCUAUUAUUUUAUAGCGGCGUUGUUAUAGCAAAUAAGCACAAAUCUUACUAUGUUCUUAUUUUUGUUUCUUUUUAAUUUAUCUAUUUUUACAACGGACAUGUGUUUUGUGAAUAUAUUUAGAGUAUAAUUUAAAACAAGAAUUAUUGUCGUGAAAAGAUUUUUAACUGAAGAGGAAUACGAUAAAUACACGGGAUGAAACAAUAUAGUGAUCAAGAUAUGUGAUGUUUUAAUAAUACAGAAAGCACCAAAAAACCACGUUUAGUGACUUAUAAGUGAAAAACCAAUACAAUAAUUUUUCAUUACCAAGACUUAUUGACAUUAAGCAAGUGAAAAUUAGUUUUAACCAAUUCCAAAAAUGGAAAAAUAAACCUGGCUAUGAUAAUUAUAAUGUUGGAGUUGUUGAUCUUUGGAUAAUAUUGGAUGUAAAAAGUGUCCGAAAAUAAAGAGCUUCACAGACAUUUCGCUCAGGGAGCUUCUCCGGAGAAGAAUUUAAUUAAGAUUAAAUUAAUGCAACGUUACACACAUUUAAAAUAAUUCAUCAACACAUUGUCUGAAUUAAGAAGUAUAUGGAUUUUAAGAAAACACUAUAGAGAAAAAUGAAAAUUUAAAAAUGAAGCUGUACAGUUUAUCAGCAUCGAAUAUGACCACGCAAAAAACUGAUACACACGUGAACAACUUAUUAAACUCUUGCUGGCCGUCAAUCAGUUCAAAUCGGUCUGUAUGUCAGCCAGAUCAAUUUUUAUUGGAUGAUCAUAAAUUGAUGCUUGAAGAGCAUGACAUUGAAAUGGAUUCACUUCAAUAUGAUUCUGAUGCGGAAAAGGGUGGUGUUGAUGUUUUUGACAGUCUAAUAUUAAGCAAUCAAUCAUUGAACACAGAAUUAGCCGAAUUAAAACCAUUACCACCAUUCACUGGCUACACUGGUCACUUAUCGAUAAAUGGGAUAUCCGGUCAUCAUUAUCAUGCAAUUGCUCAUCGGCAUAUUUCGUCCGAAGAAAAUAAUAACUUUUUGACAACAAACUUAAACCAAUCGUCUUCAUUUUCGAGUCGUCCACUCUCAGCGAAGCCUAUUGUUGGUAUUGACGAUCCCGUGGGAAUUGGGCGCAUUCUUGAAGAACAAAAUAUAGUUUCAUCGUCAACAUGUUUGCCAGACAGUGCAUUAUAUCCUGAAACUACAAGUGAUAACAAUACAACAUGUUAUCAAGAUGUUAAAUUGUUUUCUGAUAGUGGUAUCGAGAACAAAAUGUGCUCAUCAAUGGCCGAUAGUUGCGCAAUGACAAUUCCAUGCCCUGACUCAAUAUCAAGUGUUCGAAUCUAUGCCGAUUCAAAAGAACAAGCUGUAGAAUUUGUAGACAUGUCCUCUAUUGAUGAUAUUGCAGCAAUUAUUGGCUCAGCUAUUGCCGAUACAACCGUACCAAAUCAAACAGAAGAGCGAGAUGGUGCAGAUAGUAGAGACUCUUGGAUGGAUUUAGAUGCAUGGAUAGAUGGAAAUUGCGUACCGAGUGUAUCACAACAGGAAUCUCUCAAUGAAUUUAUUUUACCAAAUUCGCCGGUACUCACGUCAAGUGAACCACCGACAUCAACACUACAUAACCUACUUACACAAAAUAACUAUAUGCCGUUGCUUCAAAGCCGUCUUCAAAAUGGGCCUCCACUUAAGAACGAAACACCGUCGUCCACUUCAUACGGCAAUGAUUCAAUAACAACAACGAAUAGUCCUCCUGACUCUGUAGUUUCCACCACUGAUAAUUUGAUUACAAAUGGAAGUGGUAGAUGCAUGUCAUCAUCACUGCAUCCACACCAACCCCAACAGCAAAAUGAGUGGUUCAACAGCAUGCAAAAUACCUCGAAAGUAAAGCGGCGCAUAAAACAACAGGUGAUAUUUUGCUUAUUAAUAAAAAAUAUUAUAGCCUAUAAAUAA